CGCGUGACCACAUGCUCUCUGAAUCUCUUUGGACAGGGCAAGCUCGGGUCAAGUCAACUUGUCUUUGCUUUACGCGGCUGGUCCCUAGCCUGUCUGCUUCUUUAUAUUCUUGCAGCAAUAAUAGCACUCAUCUCACAGCCUUAUCCGCCUGUAUGCUCCUUCUCCAAGAUCUAUCCCUGAAGCUAGGAUCCUUCAAGAGUUCUUCUCCAGUAGAAGCCUCGAUUUGUAGCAGUUCAGAUCCAUAGCUACUCCAAUCAUCAGAAAUGGCGAGCCUGCAGAGCCAGCAGAGUCUUGCGAGUACAUUACCGAUGAACCUACCGGCGACCUUUAUGAAGGAAAUUACCAGCGAUUUUGCUUCUGAGCGAGAACUUGGCCGCUCUGUAUUUGGAAUAGUUUACAAGGGUGUUCUUCCAGAGACAGAAGGGAACCGCAUGAUUGCUGUGAAGAGGCUUGCUGAGAACUCACCAGUGCCGGCUGGCAAAACAUUUGAAACUGAGGUUACAAAUCUUAUGGCACUUAAACACAGAAAUGUAGUAGAGCUGGUUAGCUUCUGCCAUGAAGCGCAGAAGAAAGUAGUUCAGCAUAAUGGGAGAUAUGUGAUCGUAGACGUGAUCGAAAGCUGUCUUUGCUACAAAUAUCUACCACAGGGAAGUCUUGACAAGCAUCUUUAUGCGGACACUACAUCAAUAAACUGGGACACACGAUUCAAAAUAAUUAAGGGGAUCUGCCAAGGUUUACAUUUUCUUCACAAGGAAUUGGAUGGGCCCCUUGUUCAUAUGAACCUUGUGCCUAGCUCGAUAUGGUUGGAUGAUAACUGGGUGCCAAAGAUUGCCGAUUUUGGUCUCUCAAGACUCUUUGGCCAAGAGCAGACCAGGAUGUACACAAUCAAUGUUAAGGGAUAUAAUGGGUACAUGGCUCCAGAAUAUCUGUACAGAGGUGAAAUCUCCACCAUGUCAGACAUAUAUAGUCUAGGCAUGCUUAUUCUUGAGAUCACGACUGGAGAGAAGAACUGUGCAGUUUCUGAAGACAGAUCUGCAAGAAAAUUUGUCGACAAUGUACAUCAAAAUUGGAAGACAAAUGAGCAAAUAAUACACAAGUACCCAUCACUAGAUCCAAAUGGCCUCCAGCAAGUAAAUGCAUGCAUUGUAAUUGGGCUAAAGUGUGUGGAGGCUGAUCGGAACAAAAGGCCUUCCAUAGUUGAUAUUGUUGAUAAGCUCAAUGGGAAACGUGUACCAAUUUUUGAUCAGGCCUCCACAUCCCAGCAGCCAUGAGACAUGGUCUUUCCAGGGAGAGAUCAAUAUCCAAGAAAGAUCAAGUAGAACCUGCUCUGUGAUCAUAGGAUGACAUAAAGUUUCUUCAGAACUAAUAUCUAUUUUUUUAAAAAAAAAUAUUUGCUCUUCCUUGCAAAAACGUAACUUCCACUCCAGUCAUCUUCCUUGCUAACCGAGAUUUGGCACUGAAUUAUUGAAGCGCCAUUGUCUCUGUUGAUCUCAUUUUAGAGUAGAAUUUCUGUUCCUUCUCUGCUCGAAAAUACUUGUUUAUUUUUUUCUGAACAGCAUAUCAUAACCUUGUCGCUGGGAAUUGGUGUGGAAAUAUUUGUGGUAUUUCAAAUUAAAUUUGGACAUACGAGAUCAGAAUAAAACGAAUCCAAUUUAUUUCCAGGAUCCAGGCUCGGCUUUGUCUUUCCACAGUUCCAUCCGUAACCGCAGGAGCCUCUCGUACACCACAGGCUUUGGGUUUAUGAGGGGAUAGCCAUUACAUAUUGCACAACUUGUCCCAGAUUUCAUUCCCCUUAUUAUCCAUCAGUAUCCCUGUAGAUUCUCGAAUCUUCAGAUGAAAUGUGAUCACUUGACUAGGUAUUUGUUUGGGGUAUUGACAUCUCAACUUCAAAGACUGAUCAAAGCGCCAGUAGCAGAAAAGGUAUAUUGUCGAUUGAGCCGUGUAAAGGCCCGGUGGGAUGGAUCUCAAGCAGAACAACUGGGCCGCAGCAGGGAUAGGAAACAUGUCAUGGCCCAACUAUCAGUCCGUACCAGGGCUGGGCCAACUCGAGUGUUUUCUUUUUCCCUUCCAUCAAUGGGGUUUUUGCAUUGUCGGCCAGUUGUUCUUUUUGCCUGUAUUUAAUAGCUGUUUUUUGUUCUCGGUUGGAUGCAGCCCGGUCGGCCAAUCUUUGAUUAUUUUUUUCUUGUCA